AUGACAGCUGCUCAGUUUUUCUGCGCUCUGGUGUGUUUGUUCUUGGGGCAAAAAGGUGAGUUUGGUUUUGAUGGGUCCACUUUUUAUACUUAGUUUGGGACUUUUUGUCCUUAUUACAUUGUUUAGAUUAAACUAACUGUGAAUCUGUUUUCUCUUUUAUUACUUCAGUCCAGCAGACCUCUCAGGAGUUGUCCAUGUCAUUUCGUCAAGAGAAACGAUUUAUGUCGGCUGAAGUUGGAGACACUUUGACUCUGCAGUGUUUUUAUAAAGGUGAUUCAGCAUGGCUUUACUGGUACAAACAAAGUCUGGGUCAGACACCAAAGCUCAUCUCUAUAUUCUACGUGUAUGAUAGAAAAAUCACUUUUCAGGAUGAAUUUAAGGAUGAUCGACGCUUCAGACUCAGCACUGAAAACAGCACCAAUCACUUAAUCAUUUCUAAUUUACGCAUUUCAGACUCAGCGAAUUACUACUGCGCAAGAAGCUACACGUUUGUCUUAAAUUUUACAGAGGGCAUUUUAGUCUAUGUACAGGGCUCAGGUUUGAAGAUCCCAGCUGCAGUCUAUCAGUCAGAAUCUGAGUCUGUCCAGCCUGGAGACUCAGUGACUCUGAACUGUACAGUCCAACCUGGAACCUGUGAAGGAGAACACAGUGUUUUCUGGUUCAAAAACUCUCAAGAGUCUCAUUCACCAGGACUUAUCUACACCAAUAGAGGCAGGAAUAACCAAUGUGAGAAGAAACCAAACACAGGAUCAACAAGGACUUGCGUCUUCAAUCUGCCUCUGAAAAGCCUGAAUCUCUCCCACACUGGAAUCUACUACUGCGCUGUAGCUUCAUGUGGACGGAUACUGUUUGGAAACGGGACCAAGCUGGACUCGGAAUGUGGGUAAUAUUACAGGAGAGCUUCUGUCAUUUGCUGAAUGGCUGUUUAUUGGUGACAGUACAUUCCAAAAAAAUGAAUUAGAAAAAAAGGCAAAAACUCUCGACAUUUCUGUUUCCAACUGUUCAUCUCCAUGCAGAUAAGAUAGACCCCUUUGUCUUGGUGUAUAUCCUGAGUGGAGCCCUAACAAUCACCACCAUCCUGGUUGUUUUUCUGUCUUUCACCAUAUACAAGAAAAUCAAGUCAAAUCCCUGCCAAUGCACAGGUAAGUGACAUUCUUCUAAAGCAGACAAAUUGAAGUAUAGAGCUUGGAACAAAGCUGAAUCCUGUGUUUCAUAUUUUAGAGGCUCAACCAAGAUUUUCAGCCCCAGCAGCUGCAGACUCACAGGUAAAUUUAAAGUCAACUCAUACUUUGUGGAUACUUUUAAAAUCUUUUGAGGUUUAACUAGUCAGUGUGUGUGUGUGUGUUACCAGGGUCGCAGAGAAAACCGCCAUUAUGCAGCUUUGAGCGUUCAUCAGCCCAAAAGACCAGGAAGGCAGAGGAGUGACAGAAACACUGACUGUGUGUACUCCAGUGUAAAGCUUUAGAGGAUGACAUGACAUUUCUGCUUCAUUAUAUGUCUGGAUAUAUGUUGUACAUUUAAAAUUAAAGUGAUGGUUCAUGUGUGUUCUCAUCACAGUGGUUAAUAUUGUAACUGUUGACCGCAUGUGGGAAGUGGAAUACUACAUUAUUUUAUUAUUAGCCAUAACUUGAUAACAUUAUAAUUAUAUUUAUAAUUAUUAAGUAUAUUCAGCUGUGUAGCAACUCAUACUGUAUUAACGGCUCAAUAAUGACUCAUAAUGUAAUAACUUAAAUGUAAUAAAAGUUCAUAAUGUAAUAAAAUCGUCUCUUUUUUUUCCUACAUUUUAGUUAUUACAUUUUGAGCCGUUGUUAGUUGCUACAGACUACAAAUGAUUUUUUGCAGUUCAAGACAAAAGCAUCUGCAAUUUUGGGAAAAUUACAUAAAACUGGUGAUAAUGAUUCAAGUUUUCAUUUUUUGUUACAACAUUAAACCUGUGGUUAAGUAAAGAAUUGAUGUCCUCUGGAUUUCAAUGUUCUGGACUUUUUGGAUGGAGACAUACAAGGACCUAUUGAGUCAUAUUGCUCCAAGUGCAUUUAAAUCUUACUGUUAAAUAAAUGUAAAUGCUGAAUGUCCAAUCAUAAUAAUGAUAAUGUGAUAAUACAGUAAAGCUUCUCAAGGCAGCUACAUGGUUAUUAUAACCCUUUGAGCUUCAAUAGAUCCAGUUAAUUAAACACUAGGCUGUUAUUAAUAUGCUAAAGAUGGCUAUCAUCAUUUGAAUACAGGCCUGCUCUGUCGUAUCUGCGAGUCUCAAACUGAAGUGGACAAAUACAAACAUUUGUCGUGGCCUAAUAACUUGAAGUAUGUCCCCAAGUCUUUCUUCCUAUUUUCUUACAGAAAACAGUGUUUUGACAGUUUCUUAUUAAUCAGGUUAAAGCUGAUGUUGUUGUGCUGAUAGUGUUUGGCUCCAGAGUGAAUUUACAUGUUAGCCAAGUAUUAAGCAUUUCCAAGCAUCACAUCGUUUAAUUCCUACAAAUUUGAUUUAAUGUCAAGCUUAGAUAAAAACACUUACCGUAUUAUCUGAAUAUUUGUCAUUUAGAUUUUUAUUUUAGAAUUUAACAAUUGGAUUUAAAGUUAACAUUUAGGUCUACUGUGUGACACUUAGAUUUAACAUUUAGGGUCUAACAUUUCGAUUUUUGCCUAGGUAAUAAAAUCACAUCAUAUUUUAAAAGAUUUUAAAGAGCUUAAUGUGAAGAAAUGUUACUAAUUACAGUCAGCAGCUUAUAAAAAGACUAACUAAUGAAUCCCAGAGGGAAAUAAAUCAUUUGACUUUUACAACCUUCAUUAAGCAGGCAGGGAACUCAUACUUAUGUACAAACAGGGUCCCCAUGGAUAUGCAAAAAUUAAGAGAGAUCAGAGUGUGGGAUAAGAAAAGUUAGUUAGUUAGUCUCAUCGUGUACAAAAAACAGAUCAACAGCAACAAGGACAGCAGCAACAGACACAAAACAACUACACACAAAACAUCUUGGCACCAAAAGAGGGAGGACAACAGUGGGAUGUACUGUACAUAACAGGCAGAUCUAAUGAAACACAGGCCAACUAUCAUUCAGUGCCCUGAUGACAUUAGGAAUAAUAAGGAAUAAGAUGCGUUCUAAGACACGUUCAGUCCGCGUUUUCAUGGCCCCAGCUGAAUCCAGUUGUAUUGUAUCAAUGGGAAUUGUUAAUAGAAACCAUUGUUUUAGUUUCGUUUUAGAGUUGCGCACGGACGUGUUUGUGUGUGACACCACCGGAGUUACCAGACCGAACAGAGUAAGGAACCCUAUGUGUUGAAGUUUAAUAUAAGUAUAAUUCAGCCGGGUUACACAGCAAGAAGUGUACGCUUCGUCAGUCGCACGAAAUAACACAUUUUAACACUCAACCGUCCAGUUUUUUUGUUUGUUCGCCAUGUUUGUUUUCAUUUGGGCGCGCUCUCGAGCGCCUGCGCAGACCGAACAAGCCUCUCUGUAGACCCAAUCCGCUCCAGUCAGCCGUACAUAUGGAGCAAGGAGCGGAUUAUCAAUCGGUGUAGACUACCUCUUACAAUCUGACCCGAAAUACAAUCAGAUCUGGGUGAAUCAGAUUGGCUAAGGUGUUUAUAUGAGACAUUUUGAAUCUGAUUGACCUUUCAAUCUGAUUGUAAAUAGGAUUUUUGGACCAAUGUAAACGGGGCCAUUGUUACGGUGUGUUUGACCCUAAAUUAAUUUUAUGCCGGAAUAUCCCUUCAAGUUAAAAAAAAGAUAAAUACAUGAGUGUUACUUACAGCUGUUAUGUACAGUUUUUCAUAUAUUAUAUAUAUAUGAAUAUUAUAUAUUAUUAUAUUUAUAUUAUCAUUGGAAUAUAUUUGUAUAUUGGAAUAUAUAGAUAUAGAAGAUAUUUAUAUGUAGGUCUAUAUACACAAAAUAAGCAUACAUAUGUACAGAAUAUACGUAUAAAUGUGUUUUAUUGCACACUGAGGUUUCUGUUGUGGAGUCUGACAACUGCAGGAAGGAAUGAACUGCAAUACCUCUCCGUCACACACUUCGGGUGGAGCAUCCUAUCAUUUUUAGAGCUCCUCAGUGCAGUGAGUGUGUGUUGGAGGGGGUGAGAGUCUUCGUCCAGCAUGGAGAACAGCUUGGCUGUGAUCCUCCUCUCCCCCACCUCAUCCACAGGUUCCAGAGGGCAUCCCAGGACAGAGCUGGCCCUCUUUAUGAGUUUGUCCACCCUCCUCCUGUCAGCUGCUGUGAUGCUGCUCCCUCAGCAGACAACUCCAUAUGAAAUAGUAAAGGCCAUUACAGAGUCAUAGAAGGUCUGCAGGAGUGCCCCCGCACCCCAAAAGACCUCAGCCUCUUAGUCCUUUUUUAUAAAGCAUGUUGGUGUUAUGAAUCCAGUCCAGUUUAUUGUUCAGGUGAACACCCAGGUACUUAUAAGAUGUCACCAUUUCAAUGUCCCUUCUCUGAAUGUUUACUGAGGAUGAUGAUGCGAGGGGGGGGGGGGGGGGACACCUAUGGAAGUCCACAACCAACUCCUUAGUCUUUCCGGCGUUCAUCUGGAGGUAGUUCUGCUAGCAACAGUCCACAAAGACCUAGAAGAGUUUUCUGUAUAACCCCUUGUCCCUGUCAGUGAUGAGGCUGACAAUGGCAAAGUCAUCCAAGAACUUCUGCAGGUGGUUGACAGGUGGGAAAAAUCUGCAGUGUGAAGGGUGAAGAGGAAAAGUGCCAGCAUCAUUCCCUUGGGGGCCCCUGUUCUACAAAGGCGAAUUUUUGACACACAGUCCCGGGUCCUCACAUACUAUGGGUGGUUGGUGGAGUAGUCCACAGUCUAGCAUGUGAGGUGUUGGUCCACUGGUGAGAGCUUGUCCCUUAGGAAGACCAGCCUGAUAGCGUUGAAAGUACUGCUGUGGUCCAGGAAAAGAAGAAGAAGAGAAGAAGAACUUCAUUGAUCCCCAAAGGUAAAUUCAAUUGUCUGUUGUCUCACAUAAUAUGUCUAUAAAUUUAUCUACUAUUCAUAGACAGAAGUCUCGUCACAGGGUGACACAUUAAGUAGUCCAUGCAAACUUCUUACUAUUAGGGUGGGGUGGGGGUGGAAGACAGGCAGAGCGUAGGUAUGCCAGGUGAAAGGGUGAAUGAGGAUUAAACUAAUAGAAAGAUGGAGAUGACCUAUAUCCUAACCAAGACCCUUAUCCGUCAAUGCCAAGGCAGGGCACCCACAUAUUCAACAUGAACUUGCCUCAUGCAGACAUGACAGAACAACUUAUCUCACGAAAUGUUCAGAUGUAUACAUAGUGUGUAUGUUUUAUUUGUGGCAAUCACUUUUACGAUUUACAUCACAACCAUUUAACACUCUUCCAGUUGCAUUAUUGUUAAAGCCUCUUUAUUGAUCCUGAGUUGAUAAACACACGCCCUCAGGAGCUGUUUGCAACCAUUUUGUUGUCAAACUGUGAUUACACAAAGGGCUCUAUUUUCGUGUCCACCGGUGAGGCAGCGGAGGGUGGCAGACCCCUCGCAGUGAAAUUUUCGUCUGGCGGAGCCAGGCGUACAGCCAGUUUGGUAUUUUUGUGGACUGAGGCGCACCAAGGUCUGCCAAGCUGGGCAUGGUGGCGUGGCAGAGGGAGGUGUCGACACGAUCAGCUGGCGCACUGUUAUUGGUCAAUAAAGGUCUCAGCUGUGUUAAACCCACUCCACGCCCUCUCUACAACUUACUCCACUGGGAGGAGCUGAGUUAGGGAGGGGGGAUGCUUACGCCGGGCUGCGCCGAUCACCAAAAUACCAAAUUGUGCUUGGGACGCCUUGUCGGCGUGGCGGACCUGACUUACACCGCUGCACGUCUCCGGCGAGGCACGAAAAUAGAGCCCAAUGUUUGCUUUCAAAGAUUUGUGCAGGUUGGCACCCUGAAAAAACAUAACCAUGAAUCUUACUGUGCAUAGGCACCUUUACAGCAUGUUUACACCCUUUUUUCUUUGUUUUUGCUUGAUGCUGUGAGGAUUUUGGGUUGUGGCUGGUGAGUUGUGAGGACCCAGAAGCAGACACGGCGACAGAAAUCAACUUAAGGUGUAAUUUAAUGUCCAAACAAGGGUUGUAAAUGCAAAAAAAGGAAAUCCGGUAGGCUGGUUGGCUGGCUUUCAUGUGGGCUGGAUACACUGCAGGAAAAACCAGAGGAGAGGGAGGUAAGUGAGCAUACAAUGAAUCAGGAUCAGAGUUACGAUUUCAAAUUCAAAGAAAGGAGACCAGGAGACGCGUCUAUACCACAUGGAAGUGAAGACAAUACUCAGGUGCUGAGACUGAGGGCUGCAGGCUUCUUAAAGUGCCUUGAUUGGAGAUGUGGAGCAGGUGUGUAGUCUCACCCAGCCUCAGCGACCGGGAGAGGGAAGGAAGCUCUGGAAGAGAGUGAAGCCAGACCUGGGGGGUAUUCCAUCAAAGUCGCUAAGAAAAUCGGGACUAUGGUGUAAUCUUGAAGCUUGAAUUAACGGCCACUCCAAACCAAGCCCCAACCCGUUCCAUCAAACGAGAUCAGCUGGCUCCACUUGAUGCUAAUUCCAGCCUCACACUGAGCACCUCCCCGCAGAAUAUAAAAAGACCCAACAACUUGAGUGCUGAAAGUGUUGCAAAAUGGCUCAGAAUGCCGCAAAACCAUGGGCAGAGAUUUUCUCUGCUGCUGAACAAAACCUCCUUAUGGAGUUAUAUGAUGAUUACCGGGACAUCAUAACUAAAAAAGGUAACACCGCUCAAAUAAACAAAGCGAGAGAGGCAGCAUGGAAGACAAUUGCCGACAGGCUGAAUGCGUAAGUGAUGUUUCAUCCAUUCAUUAUUCGGAUGAUAAUCCCGUCUCAAUGUUAAUGAUACAACCUGUUUGAUAUUACAGAAUUGUAAUUUAGGCUGUAAAAUUAAAGAAAUUCACAACAAGACAAGUUGUAGGCUACAGAUAGUGAUUUAAUCAGAUUUAUAAUCUGAGUUGAAGUGGCUUAAAACAAAUUGUUUUAUAUGCAAAACAUUUAUCACACAAUUGAUCAUGUAUUAUCUCAUUUACCUAAUUCCCCCUAUUCAGAGGAGUGCUGUUUAAAUGUUUGCAGGGGUUAAUUGAUUCUCUUGUUGCAUAAAAAGGAGCUAAUUCCUUCAUUUUACCACACAAUUGAUCAUGUAUUAUCUAAUUUACCUUUUAUUAACCUCCUUUUACUGUCCAAACAGAAGCAACCUCGGAGGCCAGAAACGCACCUGGCAACAGGUCAAAAUAAAAUAUAAAAACAUCCUUACAAAUGGUCAGUGAUGCAUAAUAAUUGUAAUAAUGUGAAAUGUAUUAGUAAAUAUAACUGUAAAGCUGUGACUGUGUUCCUUGCAGCAACCAAGAAAAAAGCUCAACUGGGAGCCACUGGUGGGGGACCACCACCUGAGGAGUUUACACAGGCUGAAUCCCUAGCCCUCAGCUACAACAAGGGCCCCAAAAUUGAUGGUAUUUAGAGGGGGAGUGCUUCCUCUCCUAUUGAUCCAGCGAUACGGGCCACAUUUGUUGAAGGUACUGUACUGUCAACCACUAUCCCUCAGCUGCAUGGCGACAGCCCCUCAGUUGAUUUAGCUGACUGUUAACAUGUUUUUUCUAUUAGUAACGGAGGGACAAAUCACUUUAUUGGAACCCCCGGAAGUUGCAGCAGGGCCCCCAGGAGACCCUGUAAGUCCCAACCUGUAACUGAUGUUCCUCCAUUUGCAGGGUGAAGGACCUAGUCAUCAGUAUCACCAGGACAGAGAUGAAGAGGAGACUCUUUCUGUAGAAGACACUGUACUCCAAGAUGUUAAGUCUGAAUGUUAAAUAUUAUUCAUGUUGUUUGCAUUGUCAAAAUUAAUAAAUCAAACCCUGCUGCAGCAGACUACCCCAUCCUCAACCGGAAGGAGUGAAGUGAGUUACCAUUCUUUUCUUUUUCCUGUUUUCAAAAUCACCAUUUCUGCAUUUUGGCUGCACUCUGACACAUUUUCUGAUCAUAGGAUGUGAAGGUACUCUACAAAAGGUACCUCAAGCUGCAGAUCCAACACAAACACCUGCAGAUAAAAAAAUGUAAACUUGAAAUCAACAAGAUGGAAAAGGAUGUAAGUAUGAAUCCAGGCAGAGAGAAUAAGGUCAUUGUUUUUACAGUAUUUAAUUCUGUAACAUUCUGUCUCCCCAGCUUGGUGACUCAGGACAAUAAAUAUUCAAAAGCCAUUUUGUUUCGUCAUUCUGUCUUGUUUCAGUGAGGGUCUAAGGGUAGAGGAUGUUAUGUUGCUAUGUAAAGCCCUUUGUGACAUACUGUUUGUGAAAAUGGGCCAUACAGAUAAAUGUGUCUUGCCUUGCCUCUACAAUGUGGGGUGGGGGAAAAAAGUGGCUAGGCCAAAUAAACGAACAUGACAAGGAAUUUAACAAAAUAGUGGGGUUGGGUUCAAGAGAAAUAGGUGUCCCUGUACAGAUUCCUCAGGAUCCUCCCAUCUCUGGGUCCCUGUACAGGGGCAGGCUCUUCCCAUCUGUCUUCGGGGAGAAGCUGUGGAGGCAUCUCCCUCCGGAUGGUGGCUAUGUUGUGGAGUACUGCGCAUGCAACCACUAUGUCGCAGGCCCGGUCAGGAGCCUGCCUCAGAUAUUUUAAGCACUGGAACCUGCAGAGAUUGGAACAAGACGACAUGUUACAAUAAAAUUUUGUCCAAAGAUAUUUUCUGCAUUAAAGGUUGAUCAAAGCAGCCUUUAACCUGGACAUGAGCAGGCCAAAAACCCUCUCAAUUCGUGCCCUGGUGGUGCUGAAAGCAUUAUUAAAGGCUGCCUCAGCUGCAGCCCUUGGCUCAGGAUAUUGGGUUAAAAGGUAUGGGAGGCAGGGAUAACCCCUGUCCCCGAGAAGGACCCCCUCAAACCCCCUGAAAGGUGAGAAAACAGUGGCUAUGAAUUACAUGAUUCAUUCAUUCAUCUUUGCAGACCCUCAUCCAUACUAGUGUUGAGACAUGAUGAAGGUUGUCUUACCUUGUGCAAGCCUUUGUGCCAGAUAGCUUUCCCUUAGUAUCCUAGCAUCAUGGACACCGCCAGGCCAUUUGGCCUCCAUGUUUGUGAUGAGCAACUCUGAAUCACAGAUCAUCUGUCAGCAUGCAGGGUGACAUCAGUGACACUGGACACUCGCAGUGGGACAUGUACAGUAGUUCCAUAGGCUAUGUACCUAAACAUUCAGGCUUUGGUUAUUCCUUCGAUCCACAAAGUCCCUUUCCACAGGUCCAGGUGGGGCCUGGAUCUGGAUAUGUGUGCAGUCAAUGCAGCCAAGGACAUUGGGAAAGCCUAUGUGAGAGGAUAAAAGUGCCAUAUGUCAACCUGUGGACCAUUUAACUUCACAUUGCAUGCAUUUAAAUGUCACUUACCUGCAAUUGCAUAAAAUCCCUCUUUGAUUCUUUGUAUUCCAUGAUGGCUUGGGAAGGUGAUGAAGAUAUUGAGGAACUCUUUAAGGGCAAGACAGACUGUUCUUACCUGUAAUAAAGGUUUUUUUUUUUGUUCAUUUAUUAAUUCAUAUCCAUGUCAUGUGAUCAUCUUGCAACCUAUGUAUGAUGUUUGGUGAUGUAAGAAAUAAUCCAACUGAUCCAAGUAGGCCAAGUAGAAAUGUACCGCUGCCAAAGAACCGCGGUGCAAUACAUACAGAUUGCACAGGGGUCAGUGAUUGGCUGCGGCGAGUGACCUUCCUUAUGUGUGGCUCCAGCAAAGUGCAUAAAUACACUAUGCUUUGCCGGCUGAAUCGAUACCUCUCCCACAGGAAAUAAUCACUUUGUUCCAGUGGGUUAGUCCUCUUCUGGAAGACCCUCGGGGCUGGUGGUCGCCUGAAGAAGGCCCUUUGAAUUAUUUGUGCCCCUUCAUCAAUUGGCUCCUCAUCCUCAAUGAAUGGACAUGCCAUGUUCUCUCAGGCCCAAACUACACAUAUAUGGAUAUUUAUUUAUCAGGAUAUUUUUGUACUCCUGUCUAAAUAAAUGUAUCUGUCCACACGUGUUAGUUCUCAAAAAUAUCUGCGUCCACACGUAGCCUUUAAACUCAAUCCUAUCUGGUGCCGCUUAAAAAAAUUCAGGAACAAAGCUAACUGAUUGGCCAAUGAAUCGUAACAGCAUGAUGCGUCAUGCAUUGUUUGCGGAAGCUACGCUAGUGCGUCGGGUCCAUGUGACGGACCAUGUGACCAAUAAAAGUAUUGGCCGCAGCAGACGCGUCUGUGAGCUGGCUGACUGGUGGAUGUAAUUGUAUAAAACAAGGUUCACUUGCAAGGCUGAAAUUAGCCCCAGAAGGGCAAAACAAACGUAAAGAAUACCAUGUCUGUCCGCCAUCGUUGUUGUUGUUGUUUUUCUUUUUAAUUCGCAUGCGCGAGCUGCGGUUUGACGUCAUCGAUCCGUAAAAGUCCAACCACAUGAAUCCACUACGGAUACGGAUAUUUUUUUAUUUCUCCACUUGUUUUUCCAGAUUCAGAUUUAUCCUGUUUGAGUGUUCCAAACUUUCUGUUUUGGUGUGGUAGGGAGGCCUAAUCGGACAUAAAUAUGUGCGGUUUGAAAUAUAUCCGCAUUUGGGUAGUUCGGGCCUUAGUCUUUGUCUCUGCUAAUGUGUGUCCCCCUGCCUGUCUUGACUGCUCUGCUUAAUAAUCUACACCUUGCCAUCAUUGACUGUGAGGGGCAGUCGGUUGGAGGACAUUUUAGGUGACUGAUGUAGGCUUCCUCUAUGUGUUUUAAUCAUACCUUUAAUUUUGCUUAGUUUACAAAGUGGAUGGAAAGCAUGUUUUGGUUUCACAAAUUAUUUUAUCAGUGCAUUGUGUAUGUAAAUGCAAAACAGACAUGUCUUUUGGACAUUUUUGGACAUUAGUGGAGUUAAUCUUCACCUUAAUCCUGCUCCAGACCAGGGGCCUGUUCUACAAAGCAGGAUUACUGCUUAGCGAGAUAACUUCGAGGAUAAGUUCGGGGUUUCCUGUCCUACGACGCGGGUUCACUUCUUAGCGAGGUGAGUCUCCAUAGCAACAUAGGCUGAACGGCUAACCUGCUCCGGGGCAGGUUAAGUUCCAGAUUGAACUCACUGAGCAUAAAAACCCCGCCCACUGACCAAUGAGCUCUGUCGAAAAACGGCUUGUCCGUUCUUGGAGGAUCCUGUAGACCUCGGUGCUCGCAUUGUCCGAGGAGGAGCACUCCGGCGCGCGAGAGAUUACAGUUACAGAGUUUACCGCACGGACCCACUUACUUUUCCGGAUGACCACCUUUAUGAAAGGCUCAUAUGGCCGACAUAUCACACAAAAAAUGUAAACACGAUAGGAAUGAACAAAUGAGUGAAUUCAUCUCGGAAAUGAAUGGGCAAUGAUCUGCAUGGGCUGUGUGAUCACAGACAACAUCUCGGUACUAUUUAGUAACAGCGCAUGCCCCUUAUAAUAACCCCGUAAAUACUGUUGUUCAGGACUGCUUACUUGUGCUUCCUACCCACUGUAAUUACCGUUGUUCUAGCCCACAUGCAACAUUUUUGUUCUCAUUCAUGAAACGCUUAAAUCGGGGACAGCUUUAGCCGGGGACAGAUCAUCCAAUUCGGGGACUGUCACCUUCGUUAAAAGCGCAUGUUGAACAGUGCUAUUUCAGGGUAAUAAUGGCAUCAAAGAUGCCUUUUCUGCCAGCAUUCCCUCCGUGCUUUUGCAGUGGCGACGGUGUUGCUUUUGAGGUUUGUGAUAGCUUUGAAUUCUUCAUACUUUCUCAUGAUCGUCUCCUGCUCCUCGUUUGUAAAGUCUGCGGUCCUUCACUCUCCUGCCUGCUCUGACGCUCCAGACUGGUCCAUGUUCGCGAUUGGUCAGAUGCGGCGGGCUCCGCCUUAUAUGUGUGCACGCGCUCAUAGCAAAGCUGGAUCCACUUAUGAGGUUGAUAACCAGCGUUGUAAAACCGCUUAGCGAGACCGCUGGCUACCGCGCUAAGUUGAGCGAGGUAGCUCCAAGGCUACCUCGCUAGGUUGAACUUGCUUCGUAGAACAGGCCCCAGGUUUGGCCGGCAGCAUAAGUCACCAUGGUUACAAGGCUGGCAUUCGUGUUAACCACUUUGAUGGAACAGAAUUGAGGCUCAGGUUGAUGGAACAGAAAGUCAGAGCUUAGCUCCAAGUGUCCGGCUUAGCCAGUACCAUGUUUCCAUGGUUACCAAGUUGGAGCUAAUCUUAGCCACAUUGGUGAAACUCAACUCUCACUAAAAUAAGCGAGACUUGGCCAUUUAAGCCAGACUUUGAGCUAAGCGAGCUUGAUGGAAUACCCACCAGGCAAACAAGGAAACACAGGAAGUCGAGCCAAAAUAAAACAAGAGGAGGAGGCGUCUCACCACAGAUUUGAGUUUAUGCAGCAGUUGGGGUUCCUGUGUUCCUCCCCUCUGUGUGUGUUCUCCCUCUCUCUCUCUCUGCAGCGCUGGAGACAAAGCGGGAGACGGGGCUGGCCUGGACUGAUUGCACGCACCUGAUGCUCGUUGGUGUCAUUUACCUGGCUUUAUAUGCCGGCUCCUCUGUCGUCUCUGUGCUGGAUGAUUACCCAGUCAUGCAACACGUAUCUUGCCACACCGAGCUCCCUGUUCUCCUGCCCGUGUAUCCAGCCUGCCUCUUUGCAUUGUUGAUUUUGUGUUCAUGUUUUUUCCCUCCAGUUGAGGAGAUUUUUGGUUUACAUUUCUGUUGCACUUUGUCCUUUUAUACUCCCUCAGUUGUUACUUGCCCCACGUGGCACUAUCAUUUGAACUUUGUUUUAACCAGCCUGUUGCCUUACUGCAGUGACUUUUCCCUGACUCUGGUUUUGUGUUUUUCAGUGGCAGUCCGAGAGUUAAACCAAAUUAAAUUUUUAACAAAGUUAAAAAUCUGUUUUUGUAUUUGUAAUGUUGCUGAAAAUGUCAUUGCUAACAGUAUUGAGAUUGACUGCACAUUCAAGUGCAUUAAUCUUGGGCACAGAUGUUAAAUGAAUGCAGAAAAAGGAGCUGCUAGCUUUUUGUUUUUCUUUGUAUUUAGUAUCAAGACCCGAAUCACUCUGUAGGCAGGAUCAGAAAUAUGAGGUCUAGUGUGUGUCAUCUCUAUCUAGCCAAUCAAAUCCUGUCUUGUCUUGUCUUGUCUUAAAAGAGUGAACAGAGAACAAAGGUGUGGUUAAUUCAGCACGGUGAGUGAAACACCAUGACUCCUCUAAUGCUUACAUUUUAUUUCACAUGUCUGUGCUUAGAGAAAACAGGUAAGCUGGGUUUUAAUCUUUUGACUUUUAGAUUUAGAUUUAAUGACCAUUAAGGUCUUUUUUUUUAAAUAUCUUUGUGUAAUAAUACACAAUACACUUAAAAACAUAUCCAAUACAUUUGUUUGUAUCAUUUCAGCACAGACAAGCAGUCUGAAAUUUUCCACCAUGCACCAGGACAAUAGGAGUGUAUCAGCUGAUGUUGGUGGAGAGGUAAUUUUGCAAUGCUCCAAUAAAGAUGCAAUAGAGUUUCACUGGUAUAAACAAAGUCUGGGCCAGGAGCCGAAGAUCAUCUCUAUUUGCUACAAGUAUGAAAGAAGUGCACUUUUCUUCGGUGUAUUUAAGGACAAUCCACGCUUCACUCUGGAUUGUGAAAAAGGAAGAAAUCACUUAAAGAUAGCAGAUUUAGAGGUCUCAGACUCAGCCACUUACUUCUGUGCAUUUAAUAAUUAUCCUGUACUUGAAUUUAUAGAGGGGAUAACCCUUAACGUAGAAAGUCCAGGUUUAAACUACCAACUUUUUGUCAAUACAUCCAGAUCAGAGACCCUCCAACCCGGAGUCUCUGCAGAUCUGAGUUGUAAUAUUCACACUGGGACAUCUGACGGAGACUACAGCGUUUACUGGUUUAAACACUCGAAGGAAUCUUACCCAGGACUUAUUUAUAUCCAUGUAAACCAAAGUUUUCAAUCUCAGAGGAAAAAUAACCAACAAAGUUGUGAGUACACUUUGCCGAUAAAGAGUCUGGAUGACUCUCAUGUUGGGACCUACUACUGUGCUGUUGUCUCAUGUGGACAUAUUCUGUUUGCGAACAGGACCAAGCUGGAUCUUGAAGGUAAGUCACUCUUUUAGUAUUUUGUGUCACUUAAAUUAAAAAUAAGUAUAAAUCUUCCUGUAAUAGCUCCGUUCUCUGUCUGCCUCUCUCUAGAUCAGGGGUACUCGCCUGUCUUGGUGUAUGUCUUAGGUGUGGCUUUGGCAUUUACCGUCCUCUUGAUCGUAAUACUGGCUGUAGUCUUGAUUGUAAUCAGUAAGAGAAACAACUGCAAAUGUGAAGGUACUUUAACUACCAUCCUUUCUAGUUGACAAUGUCUAGUUGUUUGAUACAGUUUCACUGUAAAGAGUUUUUUUCACUCUCUAUUCAGAGUCGCAUGCAAGACCUCCAGCCUCAUCAUCAAAUGAACAGGUACUUUGUGUUAGAGUCAUUCUUGUGCUUUUAUUUCAACAUGUGACCUUUCAUCCAUUCUCAGGUUCUUUAUUUUGAAUUGAUAUAUUUGCAUAUGCUUAUUACUUCUGUCAGGAUGACUGCAAUGAGGAAAAUAUCCAUUAUGCAGCUGUAAGGGCACCCAGACCUAACAUCCCUAGAAGACAAAUGAAGACUGAAUGUGUGUACUCAAAGAUAAAACAAUCAUACUAGACAUAUUGAAUGUUUCUGAGUGGCAAUAAAGGGUCAAUAAUAAUGCUUAUAGGCAACUCCACAAGGCACACAGUAGGUAUUUUUUUCCCUCAUAGAAGCAGCCAGUGUUGCUCCUUCUUUUGACUUUUAUGUCUGACCUUGAAUCUUAAAGAUUUGUCCAGCAAACUUUGUAUAUUUUAACAAUGAGUUAUAGUCAAUUACAAUCGAUGUCAGAAACUUUAAUUGAAUUUUUUGAGGGAAGACAGACAAGUGGUCUCAAUGAGUCCCGAAUUUUCAGGCCGCCGGGUUUCUUUCCACCCUGCAGCCUCUUCCUGCUCUCCCCGUUUCCUCCUCUACCCUCUUACCCUCUUAAUCUUUCAAACAAAAGAAUAAAUUUGAUUAGCAGCACUCUUUAGUUUGAAAAUCACUGUAUGUUAAAAAAAAAAAGUCCGGUAUUAUAAAAGGAUCAACCUACAUUGUAGAUGUGUAAAAAGUGUUUUAAAUUAACUGUGUUUAUAAUUGAAUUCCUGUUAAACUUGGGACUUCCAAAACUCCAGAUCUUUUUAUUGUGAGUGUUUUAUUUUGAAAAUUCUAUAAGUCUUUGUUGUGCUAAAUUCUUUGAGUUUUAUCCCAGAAGUAAAUGAGUCAGCGCCACAGGUAAGUUAGCCCUCUGUUUACUUGAAUUUCCACUGAGUAAUAAAUGUUUUGGGUCAUGUAUCAUUCUGAAGUAUUAAACCCAUAAUUAUUUAUUGUUCAUACUGUCUAUUAAUGUGUCUCUGAAAACAGAGGUUGCUUUGAUUUUUCACGUAUUCUCCUGUCAGUGUUCUCCCUCUUGUUUGUAGAGUUACACAGUAAUAUAUUCAGGACUGUUCAACAUUUUAGCAGGCUUACUAAAUUAUGUACAGUGUACAAUUUGAUAUCAAACUUCCAUUGUGACAAGCGUUUUGUAUAAAAAUUGUUGCUGUGUGUCCAAUAUUGGUGUGACCAGUGCAUCUAUGUUUGAGAAGCACGUCAAGCUGAAAUAAAAAUAUAAUAUAAAAUAAAUGUUUUUUUUAUAUUGCUGAGUGUAAUGUCUUUUUUGUUCAGUGUAAAUCAAAAAUGCCCCAUCAGACACAUCCAACAUUACUCCUCUCUAGCACACAAGAAAAACUAACUUAACUACAAGUAAAGGUUUUAGUGACCUAAAGUGAUCAUGAAGUGCUGUAUUAAGAGAGUCUAUUGAAAUUGAGUAAAAGAGUCUUCAACUAAACUGAAAAAAACAGACACAAAGAAACCACAAAUUGCAACACUGUAUGGGCUUUAGCAUUGUUACAGGACUGGUUGAAUAAAUUCUGGCACCUUCACUUUGUAUACCAUAAGAAUCAAGUCUAUUCAGUGCUAGACUGCUCUUUAGUUUCCUGUAAACUGCUCUGAACUACACACAGAGGUGAUCUGUGGUUGAGUGAUGGUAACAAAGCCUGCUACUCUGUACCCAAGCCAGUUCACAACCUGGGAGGAGCUUCUGAAGGACUCUCACUGAUCCUCCCAUGAGGCAGCUUCCUCUAACAUCACAGUAGCUGAACACAUCCAAACACAUACAGGCCUUUUCAAGUCAGCUCAGCACAAUAUUUAUAGCAGAGGAACACCAAAGAGUCAAGCUGUGUGGCUUAGUGGCCCUGUUAAGUGCACUUCAACCCAAGUAAGACUCUGCUACAGAACUGAGAAGGGUUGAUGAAGGACUACAACAGGCAGAAGAAGGGCUUGAGUCUGAAAUACAACAACCCACUCUGUUACAGCUGUAGCAUCCUUUUAAACUUGUCCAGCAUCAUAACGAGUCUCCACCUGGGUCUUUGGAGGCCAAUAACUGAUCAGUAGACUUUAGCACCAUUACGAAAAUCAAAGAUGUGCACACAGCAUGACUUUAUAUCCAGAAGUCCACCUACUGGUACAUGGGUGUGGAUUGCUUAGGCCCCUUACCAUAACAAUAAAUGCUAGGCAAGGGUACGAGAAACUGUAGGGCAUAUAUUUAAAUGUUUGACAAUUGAAUGCUUGCACCUCAGUGGCGGCUGCUGGUCUUUCAAGGAGGGGAAGCUCAUUUUUCUGGCCUACAUCAUAAUUGUGUUUGUUUAUUUGUAUGUAACAGAACAGAGUCGCCAAACACAACGGCAGUCGUUUUUAACAAAGACAAAGGUCGCUGAGGAUUGGUAAAGUCUCCGGAGCAGAUAAGAACAACAGAAUGAAUAACUUGGAAAAUGCUUUGGUAGAUGUUUUAUUCUUCAAGAUCGCUGAUUUGCUUGUUUAGCUGUCAAUCAAAAAAGGAUUUUGCCUCAGACAGCUCAUCCAAUCAUGGAUGCAGAAGCUCGGAGUCCGGGAGAAAGUCGGGACCGCCCUCUUGCCAUAGUACUCCAGAGAAGCUGAGUGUCCGAUGGGCGGGACAAAGCCCAGCAUUUAUCCAAUGAGCGUCUAGUUUCGCUGCUGGAACAACCCACUUUGAGCUUCCACAUUAAAGUCAGCAGAAGCCGAGCGUCCGGCUGUUUAAAGUGCUGAGGCGCUGCGAGGAUGAAUGAGAACGAAGUUGUGCAGAAUCAGCUUCUUAUCACACUGUGAUAAGAAGCAGUCUGAGAGCAAUCGUCACUGUUGCAACUGGUCCCAGGUCCCACUUGAUGACACUCCUUAGACUUAUUUCUCAUUGCAGAAACCAUGAGUUAUGGUCUAUCAGGGUUCAAGUUUUCAUGGAGGAGAAAAAGCAUUGUAAGAGGCCUUUGCUGAUAUGGAACCCGUAGAAGUUGACAGAGCAGAGGAUUUGCCUCCACUUUAAUCCAUUGCACUCUCCCUACUUUGGUGGGACAUGGGACUGGGGAGUAAGUCUGCCAUUCAUGUUGUCCUUAAAGAUCAAAUUGUUCUGGAGGAAGUCCUCCUCUGUGCACUUGUAGAAGUGGAAGACAUACAUAAGCCCCUUAGCUAAGCCUUGUCAGACAUUGCAGAUCCUAACCCUGUUGCAUCAAAUCACCUGUUGAUGAGGGCUGAGGAUGCCUCCCUUCCACAUGUCGUCCAUGUUCUAAGUGAUUUUUCCAAUAAUCAAUAGAGGCAAAGUCAUAUCAUCACAGGUCACUUCUGGAGCCAGUUCAUGCACCAGUACUUUCCUGGCCUCCAACUAUGGCAGAGUAUCAAAACACAUCUACUGUCUCCCUGAUCAGUGAAGGUGCAGCUGAAAGACUUCCAACAAUCAACCAAAUUGGUUGCGUUGUUUUUGCAGGGUGUGUAUUGGCUACACAAACAUGAGGACGGCAACAGAAAAAUCCUUGUUAAUGGUGAAGAUUAAAAACAGGUGUGGAUGUCACUACUGCCCCCUCUGUCCUAAAUAAAACACUGCUUUCAACUUUUAAAGGGGCCAUACAUAUAAAGGCUCAUUUAUGCCCGCCAUACAUAUGAAAAUGUACGCGUCCAUUUCAAACAAUGGUUCUGUCACUGCCCACAUACUUCCAUAUGUCCGUUACGUUGGCAUGGAUGUAAUCCAUUACAUCCACCAGGGGGGCAGGCCGGGGUCAAAAGUUUCUGACAACAACAAACAAAAUGAAACAUGGCAAGUGUGGAGGAUCUAGUGAUAAUGUAUAUUUUGCACAGGAGACAGAAACGGAGGCAGCAUUGGAGGAGGCGGAGGUCGGUCAGGUCACUGAAUGCCUCGCAGUUCGAGGAAGGAGAAGUCUUUUCUCCAGUUGUACCGAUGAGAGAAAUUGACGAUGAUCCUCAAAAAGCUCCACCAUUGUCUUCUUUGUUUCUCUCUAGAGAUGCGUAUCAUGUAGUGACAGCAGCAACACUGCCUUCACGGUUUAGCGGUGGUACUGCUCUGUCCGGCCUGUAUCCGUAAACUUCGAGGCUAGUGCAGAAAUAUGGACAAAAAGAACGCGAAGCACAGAUGGAGAUGUCCUGUUUAGGACUUUAUAGUUCCACAUUUACGUUUUUAUCUGUCUGUAGUGUUGUCUCUAGCACUGUCAGUAUGUUUGAUUGAUCAAAUUUACAGUCAGCACCCUUGCAUCUUUAUUACAGCGUAUAAGCUAGAGAUUUGAAAACUUUGUCAUACACAGGUAUUUUAAAACAAUUCAAAUUAAUAACAGCAUAAAAACAAUGUAAGAACACAUUACUGAUAGAAAUAGUCACGUCAAGUCAUGCCAUACCACGCCACAUCCCGUCACAUCUUUAGGGCUGAGUGUCUCAUCACAACCCUCUUAGUAAACAGUGAAAACUGGAUCCCACAGUUGCUUGCAUGUAACUGUGUCUUAGGUUUCUCCUUGAUAAGGCACAGCUUGCAUUCUUCAGCGAAUUUUUGAAAUUUAAGGUUGAUUAGAUGUAUAAAACCCCAGCAUAGCCCAGUUUAAAGUUCAUUAAAACUGAUUCGAUUUAAUGGGUAACUGGAAAAUUACAAUGCUCAGAGUACUCAAAUUGAGAGCAGAGUGAGAGCACUCAUGUUGACUACAAAAUAAAAUGAAAGAUAAAAUACAGACAUCUUUUACUAUUUGGAAAUCUUGUUAGUGAAGAGCUGCAGUAUUCUUUGAAUCUCUUUCUUUUGAUGUUAAGACCAAAAUAACAACACAGUAGACAGGUAAGUGAGGAUGUGAUCAUGUUUCCUCUGUGGGGUAUAGUGUACGUCUCUUCUGUGUGGCCAAUCAGAUCUCAUCCUGGCUCUUAAAAGUGAAGGGAGCAGUCAGAUGUGCUCAGAUCUACAUAGUGGUUGAGUCACAAUGAGUCCUCUAAUGCUGACGUUCUGUUUAACAUGUCUCUAUUUGGAGAAAAUGGGUGAGUUUGUUUUUUAAAUUGUGGGUCAGAUCAUGUCAUUUGUUUUAAAUAUGUUGUGUUGAAUUGAUGUAGUUUUGUUUAGUUUUUUUUGUUUUUAUUAAAAGAUUUUUUGUCUAAUUUCAGCUCUCGCAUCUGUCUCUUCUGUGCACCGAGAAAGUGGAAUUUUAUCAGCCAAUGUUGAUGGGAAGAUAACUUUGCAAUGCUUCAUUAAAGGUGAUAUAGCAACAAGGUUUUACUGGUACAAGCAAAGCCUGGGUGAGAAACCAAAGCUUGUCUCUACUUAUUACAAGUAUGAAACAAAUGUGAAUUUUCACGGAGAAUUUAAGAAUGAUCUACGCCUCACUCUGGAUACUGGAAUCGGUCGAAAUCAUUUGACCAUCAAAGAUUUGCGUGUGUCAGACUCUGCUUCUUACUACUGUGCAUGUAGCUAUUCAUAUGUAUUUGUAUUUAUGGAGGGAAUAACCCUCAAUGUAAAAGGUCCAAGUUUAAACUACCAGCUUUUCAUCAAUCAAUCUGCAUCAGAGACCCUCCAGCCUGGAGUUUCUGUAGAUCUGAAGUGUAAUAUUCACACUGGGACAUCUGACGGAGACUACAGCAUUUACUGGUUUAAACACUCGGAGGAAUCUCAUCCAGGACUCAUUUAUAUCCAUGGAAACCAAAGUUUUCAAUCUCAGAGGAAACAUAACCAACAAAGUUGUGAGUACACUUUGCCAAUAAAGAGUGUGAAUUACUCUCAUGUUGGGACCUACUACUGUGCUGUUGUCUCAUGUGGACACAUACUGUUUGCAAAUGGGACCAAGCUGGAUCUUGAAGGUAAGUCACUCUUUUAUACUUCAUUUUAAUCUAAGUGAGAGAAAAUGCUUAUCUUAUAUCUUUCUCUAAUAACUCUGGUUUCUGUCUGCCUCUCUUUAGAUCAGGGGUACUCGCCUGUCUUGGUGUAUGUCUUAGGUGUGGCUUUGGCAUUUACCGUCCUCUUGAUCAUAAUACUGGCUGUAGUCUUAUUUGUGAUCAACAAGAGAAAUAACUGCAAAUGUGAAGGUACUUUAACUACCAUCCUUUAUAAUUGACUCAGUUUAGUUGCUUGAUACAGCCUUACUUUAAAGAGUUAUUUUCACUCUUUUCUCAGAGUCGCAUGCAAGACCUCCAGCCUCUUCAUCAACAAAUGAACAGGUACUUUGUGAUAGAUUCCACUUUGGGUUUCAGUUCAAUCAUUUUAAUUAUUAAUUAGAAGUUUUUAGUGUCUCCGUUGGGUUUACCUGUUUUUGUAAAGUCUUAUUUAUUCUAUCAGGGUGAACACAAUGAGGAAAACAUACAUUACGCUGCCUUGAGGGAACACAGGGUCAACAGAUCCAGAAGACAAGGAUACAACACCCAGACUGAAUGUGUGUACUCAAGAAUAAAACUGUAAAACUGCAUGCAGUAAUAUAUAUAUAUAUACGUGUUCCUAUUGGGCAUAAAGGUCAUGCAAUAAAGUUGUUUUUUUCCUUUUUGUUAGUACUGAUAGUAGAAACCAGUGUUGCAUCUGUCUUCACCUUUAAUUUUUUCCUACUUUUUAAAGAUUUUUUUUACUUUUUGAGCAUAGGGUGAUGUCAGUUUUUACUGCUUCGAGAUAAAAGCUAAACUCAUGUUCCAUGUCACAGUUGCACACUGACUCUGAAAGUUCAAUUUGUGAAUUUGUGUUUUUGUUUUUUUUUUUUGGUUUGUUUUUUAUGCAUUUGCCCAAUGCGCUUUCCAGUAUUCUGUAAAUUGUUUCUAAAUGAGAAACUAUGUAAGACUAUGAUCAAGUCGAUGAUCUACACUUUUUGAUGGCUGCUCUUGUACUGCAAAUUUUACUGCAUUGUAUUUAAAAAGAAAUAAUAAUAAUCUAAGUGUGCCAGGUGUCAUUUUUACUGGACAAGGGGCUGCAAUGCUUGAUUUGUGUGAUGCUGGUGCAGUUGUGCACAUCUUUUUCCUUCUUUUGCCCCAGGAUUGCAUGAACGUUAUCUAAAAUCAUAUACUUGUGUAGUAAUAUAACUGUGCAAUGGUGGAGAUCUAUUUUGUUACAUUGACUGCAGCAGUAAAACGCAUUUUAUGCCUCAUAGUCCAGGAGCCAAAGGGUGAUUUUUGGCUAAACGUGGUUUCGUCGGUUAAAGUUUUUUUCUCAACUGAUUCUUGCUGCUGGGGGUCUCCUCUUAAGGAAUUAAGAGGGUGCCCAGUGAAAUCCCUUGAGCAUUUUUUGUUAUUAACCCCUUAAUGCCCAAAACACUAGAAAUUCACCCAAAAUAGACUUCUAUGGUAUUCCAUGCAAAAUACCUGAUCUAAAUGCAUAAAAUUAGCUUUCUACAGUUUGUAUCCAUGUAAAUGGAUGUGUACAGUGCAUUAGAUUUAAUAUGUAUGCAUUUUUUUAAUAUUAACCCCUUCCUGCCCAGAACAACAUAAUCUUUAAACCGUGAUGUUGUACAUGCACAGAAAUCAAACCAAAUGCAUUAGAUCUGCUUUCUACAAAGUCUAAUAGUGGAACUCGUCAUGUAAAGCAUGUUUUUCCUUUUGAAUGAAUGAAUGCAUUUUAACCCUUUCAGGCCCUCCAUCUUGAGCAUACUGUACAAAAACAUCUACAGAACAUAUUCUACAUCUACAUAUUCCCCCGCUGGGGAAUAUGUAGAUGUAGAAAUUAAUACAUAUUUAUUCUUUCAUCUCUUCUUUCAUUUCUUUGGGUGGGAAUUGACUAAUUUAGCCUGAAUUAAUGGUAUUUUUAUUAUGCUGUUUUAUUUAUACAUUAUCAAUUGAUAACUGUGUACAAGAAAAACACAAUUCCUGCAUGUGUAACUUGUUCCUGCUUUUUCAACUGAUAAGCAGAAUCAGCUAUUUCUCCUCAUCAUGAGCUAAGACUGUUUGUGUAAGUUAUUUUCUAGGAUGACAGUGAUAUGGUAAGUGUUUUAACUCUUUCUAACCUCACACAUUUUGUAACUAUUUCAUUUAAUGUAUUGAUUCCUUGACACAAUCAUUGCCCAACAAGUCCUUGUGUGUGCUGGAGAAGCCCAUAAAAUCUCUGUGGUUUCGGAUGACACAGAUGUGUUCGUCCUCCUCCUUCACCACUAUCAACAGUCAGGACUGGAUGUAUCUCUCACUAUGGAAUCCCCGAGCCAGGAAAAGGCAAUAUUUGACAUAAAGUCAACACUGGCAAAGGAUCCAGUAAUUGCCAAGAACAUUUUACCAGCCCACGCCAUUUCAGGAUGUGACACUGUAACAUCCUUCCAUGGGUUGGGAAAAGGCUCAGUCAUUAAAGUCCAGAAAGUAAUUGACCAAGCCACUGCAUUCAUAUCAGCCUGUUUUGGCAUACAGAAAAGCCACAACAUGUCACGCACUAGACUUCUAGUUUGGGGGGAAAAAAAUGGGAAAGGACACACUGUCAUUCUAUCAGUCAACUAAUAACAAACAUAAUAAAUCUCUCUCUUCAAACCGGCCAUGUUCCAGUCAGCCUCAAAGCAGCUAUCAUCAAGCCCCUCCUCAAAAAACCCACUCUUGAUCCUAGCUCCCUGUCAAACUACAGACCUAUCUCCAAUUUCCCCUUCAUCUCCAAAACUCUUGAAAGAAUUGUAUCCAUCCAACUUCACAACCAUCUUAAAUCAAACAGUCUAUAUGAAAUAUUCCAAUCUGGCUUUCGUCCCUCCCACAGCACUGAGACAGCUCUCAUCAGAGUCACCAAUGACCUCCUGAUGACCUCUGACUCCGGCUUCACUUCCCUCCUCAUCCUUCUCGACCUCUCUGCUGCAUUUGAUACUGUUGAUCACCACAUCCUCCUUCAUCGCCUCCAUCACGACAUUGGUAUCUCUGGCACCGCCCUUCAAUGGUUUCACUCCUACCUCACGGGAAGGACCGAGUUCGUGGCCCUGGGGGAUGCUAAAUCCCGCCCUCACACUGUUGUCUGUGGGGUCCCCCAGGGCUCCAUGCUCGGUCCAACUCUCUUCACCAUCUACAUGCUCCCCCUUGGUCGUGUCGUCAGCAGGCAUGGAAUACAAUUCCAUUGCUAUGCUGACGACACACAACUCUACCUCAAGGUCACGCCCUCCUCCACUCCCCCCUCCUCUGUCACCCAACUGGACUCCUGCCUGGAGGAGAUAAAGGCUUGGAUGUGUGAAAACUUCUUACAGCUGAACAGCUCCAAAACAGAAGCCAUUCACAUCGGUACUCCCCACCAGCUCCGUUCUACCCACUUUUCAUCCGUCUCUUUUCUCGGCCACAACUUUUCCCUCUCUCCUUCUGUGACUAACUUGGGAGUCAGGUUUGACCCCCAUCUUAGCUUUGACUAUCACAUCAACCAUAUCUGCAAGACUUCCUUCUUUCACCUCCGUAAUAUCACCAAACUCCGGCCAUUUCUCUCUUGUCCUGCAGCAGAGAGACUCGUCCAUGCCUUUGUCUCCUCCAGGCUCGACUACUGUAACGCGCUUCUCAUUGGGAUCCCAGGCAAGAGCUUACAAAGGCUCCAACAUGUCCAAAACAGCGCCGCCCGGGUCCUGAUGAGAGUGCGUAAACAUGAGCACAUCACCCCCCAUCCUUCGCACUCUGCACUGGCUCCCCGUUCACCUCCGCAUUGAAUUCAAAAUCCUCCUUCACACCCAUCACUGUCUGCACGGUGCAGCCCCCACCUACCUCACCGAAGUCCUCACCCCACAUACCUCAGCCAGAACACGGUCAGGCCAACUGCACCGUCUGCGCCCGCCCAGGACUCGGCUCAAGACCAUGGGUGACAGGGCCUUCGAGGCUGCUGCUCCCCGUCUGUGGAACGCCCUCCCCAACCACCUCAGGGCUCCACAGUCGGUGGAUGCUUUUAAAAAAGGACUCAAAACCUUCCUCUUUCGGAAAGCCUAACCGGACUAAUUUUAUCUGAUUUUAUCUGCUGACUGCUUUUUAUUGUUUUGCCCUGUUGCUUGGUUUUUACUGUUAUUGUUGUCUUGUUGUGCACUUUGAGAUUUGUUUUUAAAUGUAAAGUGCACUACAAAUAAAAUCUAUUAUUAUUAUUAUUAUUAUUAUUAUUAUUAUUAUUAUUAUUAUUAUUAUUAUCAUUAUUAUUAUUAUUAUUAUACUAAAAAAUGCAUACAUAUUAAAUCUAACGCACUGUACACAUCCAUUUACAUGGAUACAAACUGUAGAAAGCUAAUUUUAUGCAUUUAGAUCAGGUAUUUUGCAUGAAAUACCAUAGAAGUCUAUUUUGGGUGAGUUUUUAGUGUUUUGGGCAUUAAGGGGUCAAUAACAAAAAAUGCUCAAGGGAUUUCACUGGGCACCCUUUUGAAUCCUUAAGAGGGGACCCCCAGCAGCAAGAAUCAGUUGAGAAAGAAACUUUAACCGACGAAACCACGUUCACCCCCAUGGCUCCUGGACUAUUGCUACCACCUAAAGGAGAAUCUUAUCCAUUAUACGUUUGAGCAGUGUCCUUUCCAGAUAAAAUCAUCCUGCUGUAGUGAUGGGCAUGGCAGUUCUUUUAGAUGUACUGUUUAAAUCACUGAAUCAUUCAGCACUUGGUGGGAGGAGCCUGCGACUUAGACUUCCUGAACUGAUACACAGCUGAGUUGUUCAGGAUUACGUUCAGAUCAUAGCUUUUGUAAUCAGGAGACAAGAGUGAUGUGGCUUUGUUGCUAUGACAAACAGGUUUGUAAAAAUUAACUUGUUUAUAAAUCAUGAUGUUUUAAGUGUACUGUUUAAUGGUAUGCUAUUUAUCUGGUCUACUCGGUAAAUUGGGCUCAGUGACUGAUUAAUUCACUGAAUGUUUGCCCCACAGUACAAUCAGUGAAGAAUUCACACUGACCAUGCACCGUUCCCUUGCAAAUCGCAGCAAUGAUAGGCUCAGACAGUGACACAUUUCUCAAACUGCAGGUUUUAUACACUACUUGUUACAUGCUUUGUCCUACUGUAUCCAAGUUGUUGUGGUGGCAAAUUAGUUAUAUUUCUCUGAGGUACACUUGAACACAACACAUCCCUAUCUCCCUCUGUAACUCCUGUCAAGAGCUUGCUACAGCUGGUAAGUCUCACUCUCUUCUUAUUACUGCUAUUAAAACAGUCGCCAAGAAAGUUUAUCCCUCAGACAAGAAUGAUUCCAGCGAGUGUAGUUCACUGCAUUCGUUCACCAAGUGAUUUAGGUGUCGGCGCGUGUGAAACGAAUGAGGAAGUGAUUCAGUUCAGUACUUUCAUUUAAAAGAUUUGGUUCUUUUGAACAAUUCAUUAGCAAACGACACAACACUAACCUGCUGACUCAUGUGACUGCCCCUGUGUGGAUGUCUAAACUGGAGAUGUGACAUAUCUGUCUGUUCUCUUUUGAGGUGCCUGGAGUGGCUGAUUGAAAUCUGCUCUGAUAUGGAGCACCUGGGCCUUUUGCUCUACCUCCUACAUAUUAGCUUCCUGUGGCCUGUUCUUUCUCUUGCUCAUCCUGCCUGGCUCUGUCUGCCAUGAUGCUCGCUGUUCUGCUCUGCUCAGCUGCCUGCAGAUCACCAUGCACAUUUCAUUUUAAUCAGUUUUGUUAGUGCACUUCUCAACACCUUGCACCACAUCAUUCUCACACAACCACAUACACACUACUAAUAUACCAGACUAACACACCCCAUACAUGUAGUUUUUGUUCGCUUCCUUUAUUUUAAUUUGUAAAUAAAUUCAAUCACUUUUGUUAAUUUGCACUUCUCCUGUCCUUUUGUCAUAGCUAAAGAGCCAGGUUAGACACUUAGGAAAUUGUUAAAAAUCUAGAGUCUGUUAUAAAAACUUAAUGUUUUACACACUUCUAAUAAAGUUGAUUUCCGUCUGUGAGCUUUGUUGUGUUUAUGCCAGACCAUCUGGUUUUUCGUAAAGAUUUAAACAUCUAUCUAAAGAAAACAGCCUCCUAAAGCCUCCUGAUUUGGAUUGUAAACUUGUAGAUUUGUUUCUUAUGUGUAAAACAGUCUUGUUCAUCACCUAAUCAAGAUGUGACUGAUCCAUUGUGUCUUUAUGGGACUUCAUACACAAACUAUUGUUUCAGCACCACGGACAGCUCUGUGUGCUGUUGGCUGUGUGCUGCCUCAGUGGAGGCCUCUGCCUUUUGUUUCUUGGCGUGUUUGCUUGUGGUUGUAAACAGACAAUGACAGUCAACAUCAGAAUGACAGAAAGAGUGAGAGAGGAGGCUGUGGAAAGCCUAUUUUACUUUACCUUAGCAAGUCUGCUGAAUAAUGCUCUUUUUUUUAUAUUGUGGAUGUGGGUCAGUGGUAGAGUUGGUCAUCUCCUAAACAAAAGGUCAGGUGUUUAAUCCCAGGUCCUGCUGUUCAUGUGCUGAGGUGUCAUUGAUUCCACCUGUCUUCACUGGCUGCAACCAGUGGUGUGUGAAUGGGUGAAGCACCAUAUAAACAUAACCCAUUUACCAUUUAACAUCAUUAAAGAUGUGUUGUUCUUAAAGGUCCCAUAUUAUACUCCUUUUCAGCAGGUUCAAUUUGUUUCAGAGGUCCCACAACAGUCAAUUUGAAGUUUCUUGUCUAAAAACACAGUUUUUUCCAGGACUUCAGCCAGCCUGACAACUCUCCCUAGUGAGCUCUACCAAGAACACGCUGUUUCUGUGUGCUGCGCCUGUCCAUGCCUCCUUUAGCGCAAGCCAUGCCCCUCCCUGUCUCUCUGGAAGAGGAGGUUAAUAAUAAUAAUAAUAAUACAUUUUAUUUGUAAAGCGCUUUUCAAAGACACAAAGACGCUGUACAGAGUAAGCAGUAAAAACACACAUCAAUAAGUAAGAAAAUUUACGGCAAUAUAAUAAAAACAUGUAAUCAGGUAAAAUCAAAUAACAAUAAAACACACAUAAAUGAGUAAUAAAAUUUACGACAAUGUCAAUAAAAACAUGUAGAAUCAGGUAAAAUCUAAUGGGGGGGGGGGGGGGGGGGUUAGGAGGGAUGAAAGGCAGUGCGGAAGAGGUGGGUUUUGAGAAGGGUUUUGAAUCUGGUGAGGUCAGUGCAGUUUUUGAGUUCAAGUGGGAGUGAGUUCCAGAGGGUGGGGGCGGCGACUGAGAAGGCUCUGUCCCCCCAGGUUCGGUGCUUGGUCAGGGGAACUGUGAGGAGGUUGGCAUUGGCGGAGCGGAGGGUGCGGGAGGGGAUGUAGGGGUGGAGAAGAUCCUGUAGGUGGGGGGGGCGAGGUUGUGGAGUGCUUUGUGGGUGAGGAGGAGGAUUUUGUAUUGAAUGCGGUGGGGUAUGGGGAGCCAGUGAAGGUUUUGGAGGACGGGGGUGAUGUGUUGAUGGGAGCGUGUGUGGGUGAGGAGGCGGGCGGCUGAGUUCUGGAUAAGCUGAAGUUUGUUGAGGAGAGUGGAGGUGGUGCCAUAAAAGAGACUGUUGCAGUAAUCUAGACGAGAUGAAAUGAAUGCAUGUAUAAGGGUUUCAGCUGCAGGGUAGGAGAGGGAGGGGCGGAGGCGGGCAAUGUUUUUGAGGUGGAAAUAGGCUGUUUUAGUGAUUUGCUUAAUGUGUUGGGUGAAGGAGAGGUUGCUGUCGAAGAGAAUGCCAAGGUUGCGACAGUGGGAGGAGGGGGAGAGGAUGGAGUUGUUGAUGGAGAGAUGAAAGUUUGUGACUGUGGGGGUGAGGGAGUUUGGGCCAAUGAUGAUGAGAUCUGUUUUGUCAUAAUUGAGUUUAAGAAGAUUGCUGUCCAUCCAGUGUUUGAUGUCAGAGAGGCAGUUUGAGAGGGAGCGUUGGGUCUGGGGGGUGAUGGAGUUGGAGGAGAUAUAUAAUUGAAUGUCAUCAGCAUAGCAGUGGAAGUGGAGGUUGUGUUGAUGGAGGAUGUGGCCAAGAGGGAGGAGGUAGAUGAUGAAGAGGAGGGGACCAAGCACCGAACCCUGGGGGACACCUUGGGACACGGGGGCGGUUGUGGAGGAGCAGUUGUUAAUAUGGAUGAAGUGAUUCCGGUCUGUGAGGUAAGAGUGGAUCCAGUUAAGAGCGGUGUCUGUGAUAUUGAGGAGGGAGUGUAGGCGGGACAGAAGGAUGGCAUGGUCGAUGGUGUCGAAAGCAGCGGAGAGGUCGAGGAGGAUGAGGAUGGAGAGUUGGCCAGAGUCAGCGGAGAUGAGGAGGUCAUUUGUCACUUUUAUGAGGGCAGUUUCGGUGCUGUGGUGGGUGCGGAAUCCUGAUUGGAACUGUUCAUAUAGGUUGUUACUGUUGAGGUGGGUUUUGAUUUGUGAUGUGAUGACACGUUCGAGGAUUUUUGACAGGAAAGGGAGGUUUGAGAUGGGCCGGAAGUUACUAAUGUCAUCGGGGUUGAAUCCAGGUUUUUUGAGGAUGGGGGUGACAGCAGCCAGUUUAAGUGACGGGGGAACAGUGGCGGAGUUGAGGGAGGAGUUGAUGAUCUGUGUUAUGACUGGGGAGAUGACGGGGAGGCAGUGCUUGAUGAGGGAGGACGGGAUGGGAUCGAGGAUACAGGUGGAUGAAGACAUGGAGCAGAUGAUAUUAGUCACGUCGGUUGAGGAGACAGGUGAGAAGCAGGUGAGAAGGGAAUGGAGGGUGGGGGGAAGGGAGUUAUAGAUUGCAUUGAUUUUGGUUUGAAAAGAGGAGAGGAAUGUGUUGCAUUUUUCCGGGGUGAAGGUGAUGGAGGUACUGUCUAUGGGGUGGAGCAGUUUUUUGACGGUGGAGAAAAGAGCCUUUUGGUUGCUGGAGCCGGAGUUGAUGAGGUUGGAGUAAUAGGAUGAGCGGGCGGAUUUGAGGGCUGUUCUGUAUAGGUGGAGGUGGUCGGUGUAGGCUUGGAGAUGGACAGUGAGACCGGUUUUGCGAUAUAGACGUUCCAGUUGGCGUUUAUGGGAUUUCAUUUUGUGUAGUUCAGAAGUAUACCAGGGGGCAGAGUGUCUGAAUGAAACUGUUUUUGUUUUGAGAGGUGCGAGCUGGUCCAGGCAGGAGGAUAGAGUGUUGUUGUAGUAGUUGAUUAGGUCAGGAAGUUUAGCAGAUGGUGAGGGAGGGGAUGCAGUGAGGGUGGCAGAUAGGGAAGCGGAGAGGUCCUGUGGUGAGAUGAAUUUGAGGUUUCUGAAGGUAAUUUGUCGUUUUUCACUGUGGGGCAGAGGGGGAGGUCGACGUUGAAAGUGACAGCCAGGUGAUCUGAUAUAUAGAGGUUGGUGGUGGAGAGAUGGUGGAUGGAGAUGCCGGUGGAGCAGACGAGGUCGAGGGUGUGGCCAUGGGAGUGGGUGGGGGAGUGCACGUGCUGGGUGAGAUUGAGGGUGUCGAGGAGAUCCAGGAAAUCAGAAGCUUGUUUGCAGGUGGGGUUGUCAAUGUGAAAGUUGAAGUCUCCAAGCAGCAGGACAGAGGAUGAGAUGGUGUUUAGGUGGGUGACAAAUUCAGAGAAAUCCGAGAGGAAUGAUGGGUGGGGCUUUGGGGGACGGUAGAUAGUAACAAUGACCAGAGGGGUGGGGCCAGGGAGUUUGACAGAGAUAUUUUCAAAUGAGUGGAGGGACAGGGUGGGGGCGGGGGUGGUCUUGAGGGUUUGUUUGUAAAUAACUGCGACGCCUCCGCCUCGUCCAGUGAGGCGGGGUUGGUGCAGAUAGGAGUAACCGGGGGGGUGGCUUGGUUGAGUGGAAAGAGGUCGAGAUGGUUGUGCCAGGUUUCAGUUAGAUAGAGGAAGUCCAGGUUAUUGUCUGUUAUGAAGUCAGCUAGGAUGUGUCCUUUGUUAUUGAGGGAGCGGGUGUUUUGAAGGGCCAUCUUCAGGGGAGGGGGCUGUGGGGUGGGCAGUGAGGCAGGGGGAAGGUAGCGGAGAUUUGAUAGAUUUCUUGUCCUUCUUUUUGGAUGCAUGGGAUUUGAACGGGAGGUUCCAGUAGUUGUAAUUGUUUUAAUUGUUUGCAAUGGUUUGCAAGGAGAGUCUAUGGUUGAAGGGUGUAGUAGCUGUUUGGACCAGGAGGGGGAGCUUGAUGUGGUGGGGGCAAUGGGGAUGGUGCGCAGUACCAGUUGGGGCCUGCUGGGGGAGCCGGUGGUGAGGGUGGUGAGGGCGAGGGUUCCGGAGGGGGCCUCAGGGGGGCGCUGUUUCCAGGUGGGGUAGUGGGAGAGAAUGAGAGGGAGUAUGUAAACAAUGAUAGUCAGUUGGUGUGUAUGUGGUGUUGGAUAUUAGCGGCAAGUGUCUGAUGGCCCAGUUUGUUUGGGUGAAGUCCGUCAUUAGAAAAGAAUGGGGGUCGGUUCCAGAACAGGUUAAAAUUGUCUAUGAAGUGGGUGGAGAGGGUGCUGCAGAGGGCUCGAAGCCAGGAGUUUAGGCUGAGGAGGCGGCUAAAACGAUCGAUGCUGCGUGUUAGUGUUGGAAGAGGGCCACUUAUAAAAACAGUUUUGCCACUGCGCUCAAGGCUAUCUAAAAGAGUCCUGAAGUCUUUUUUUGUCUGUUCAGACUGUUGGUGAGCCGUGUCAUUUGUGCCAACGUGGACAAUGAUGCGGUGAAUAGAGGCAGGAAGUGAUUGGAGAAGACCGGGGAGUUUAGCUGUGAUGUCGGCGACAGUUGCACCGGGGAAAGAGCGAGUGAUGGCAUUAAAAUAACGAAUACCUCGUAUGAUGCUGUCACCGAUGAUCAAGGUGGUGGGGGGAAACAGCGGCGGGGGGUGCAUUGCUCCUGUGUCCGAAGCAGGGCUGGUGGUCGGGGUACGGGGACUCAGCGGUGCGGUGGAUACGGUGGAUGCCAGCGGCUGCGGGGAUGGUCUGCCACUUCGGUCCGGGGCAGCUGAAACGGGCCCGGCGGAGUUCCGUCAGACUGCGUCCCGGAGAAACCUCCUGCGGGCGGCCGAGGACGCGGGCCGGCUCUCCGAGCGCUGGUCAAGGCGGGUUCCGGGACACCGCGCGCGACCAGGGACCGACGGAGAAGGGUCCCCUCCGCCAGUGCCAGGCCACACGGGAAUCCCACUGUGCGCCGGCAGGGAGGUGUUCUUAGCGCCAGCGCCCGGUGACGCCCGGGAGCUGGUCGCCAGAAGAGCGGAGGCUACCCGGUCCUCGAGCCGGCACGCCGCGAGGGCACCGGAGGACGUGGACGAAGGCCCGGGGGCUCCGCCGGGUCACCGUGUAGGAGCCAUGGGAGCUCCGGCAGCCGCUGCAGAGGACGCCACCACGUCACCGUCGAGAAGGGACUGGUCCAUGCUGGUGUUGGCAGGCUCAGGAGGAUUCUCACGAGCCUCGAAGCGGCUUGGAGUGGAGCUUGAGGUAGGCCCGGCCGAGUUCCAGGGGGUGGUGUUAGUGAUUUUCCUGCCGCGUGUGGUUAUUUCAGUCCAUGUUGAGUCGUGGUUGGAUGCAGCGGUGGAUGGCGGUUUGGACGUGGUGGACGGGCUUUGAGGCUCCCAGGGUAGCGUGUCCUGGAGGGUUGAUUGGAGCGAGAAUAGGUGGAGGGAUUGCUGGUGGGCCACAUCAAUGCAGGUUGUGAGGAGAGUGGAUUUUGACUUAAGCUCAUCGGAGAGUUUUUGAAUGCGGAGUUUAAGUUUGGUGAUUGUUUUGUUAGCUUCGUGAAGCGCUUCAGUCUUUUCCAUGAGUAGGGACUCGCUCGCUCUCUCGCUCAUGCUCGCUCUCUCGCUCAUGCUCGCUGUGUGCUCAAGUGUUGUGGCUUGAGCUACAGUACCAUGCACUAAUGAUUGCACAGAGUGCAUAGAAGCGCUGUGGUUCAGCCGUACCAGUUUGAUAAAGAGUCUGACCCAGAAGGAGAGGCUCCUGAAGAAAUUCCAACUCUGUGGCUGCAGCAGGACGUUUCUGAGUGGUUACUUACAAAUAUGAUGUGUCUCCAUAUUUUUCUUUUUACUUUUUUCAAGUGUUGGGAAACAGUAACUUACAUGCAGCUACGUGACGUUAGCUCCUGCUAACAGUAACAUCUCUGCUGUCUUCUCAUUACUUGGAGCUCUUUUAGUGUAUGCGCAAUAUUGUAAGUAUAAUUAUCUCUCCUAACUAUGUUCUUGCAGUCUAUGGAAACAGAUGUCUGUGCUGCCUCCUGCAGCCAACAACAGAGCAACUGCCAUGCCUUGCUCACACCUUUACCAUUUCACACCAGCAUUUGCAAGUUAGAAAAAUAGUUUCAGAGUAAACAUUUUCGUGGGGGCAGAACAAACAUCUUGGGCAGUGUCACCAACCUGGAGGGGUGGAGUUAUCACCACCCAUGACGUCAUGGAAGGCGGUGGUUUCAAGCCGCCUGUUUUAGCAGACAUUUUUUGAAAUUUUCUCAUUUUGAGGGGGUUUGUAGACAAGCUGGGGAUGCAUAUUGUUAGAAAACCAUUGGAAAGUGAAUUUGCAUGAUAUGGGAGCUUUGAAGGAGUGUGCAUACAAAGCAGACAGAUGUCCCUCUGCUUUAAGAUUGUGAUUUUUGUCUGUUUUAAUUAUGCUUUUAAACAUUUUACAUGAUUUUUGUGUCACUGUCUACUGACUGUUUUAACUGUAUGCAGCUAAAUGGUAAAAACUACCAUUUUAAUCCUGAUAUUAACCAGUCUGCCACAAAAUUAAUUGUGUGCACGUGCAUGUGAUUUGGGGAGUUAUUGUGCACAAAAAAGCGAUCUCUAAUUCAAACCCUGGUUACACAUCCCAUUCUUAUAAUACAACCAGGGAUAAAAACUAUGCAUAGAUCGUCACAACUGACUAUCUGUAACUGAAUGUCUAUUGCACAAUCAAUUCCUAACCUGAAAAAGAGAGAGACCCCCACCUGAUAGAGAGGCUGAGGUUACUUUAUGUUGACACUGUACUCAGAUACUAUAAGCUGAUAAGUAUGGUGAGACUGUAGCUGACAACAAACACAUGAUGAGUUUCCAUAAUAGGGCAUGCCGUGUCACUGCACUAUAACCAAUCAGAGAUAGUCCUCUCUAUCAAGAGAUGACAAAAGAUCAAGUUACUGUUCAGUCAGCUCUGCAACCUGAACACAAUGACACCUCUAAAGACAAUUAUCUAUCUGACCUUUUUCAUCUUGGGGAGAAGUGGUGAGUCUGGUGAGUUUGCUCCACAUCAUACAGAUUUCUCUUGUUUCACUGUGGAAAAAGUAGCUCUGACUUUGAUAUAAAUGUACUUUCCUUGUGUGUCUUUUCUCACUUCAGCUCAAGUGACCAAUCUGUCCUUGCCUGUUCAUCAAGAGAGAAGGUUUAUAUCAGUUAAUGUUGGAGAUGACAUAACUUUGCAAUGCUUCUCUAAAGAUAACAUGGUGAAAAGACUUUUCUGGUAUAAGCAACCUCUGGGACAGAGACCAAGACUGAUGUCUAACCUCUAUGUCUUCACGAGAAACUUCAAUUUUUUUGAUGAAUGGGAAACCAACACACGCUUCACACUGGAUACUAAGAAUGGGGGAAACCACUUGGUAAUUUCAGAUUUACAAAUGUCAGACACAGCUACUUACUACUGCGUGAGUAGCUUUUCAAUUACAUUUGAAUUUCUGAGUAGCGUUUCGGUCAUUGUAAAGACUUCAGUUUUUGAAACCUCGACCUUCAUCCAUCAGUCUGAAUCUAAAACCAUCCAGCCUGGAGACUCAGUGACUCUGAACUGUACAGUCCAAACUGAGACCGGUGGUGGAGGGCAUAGUGUUUACUGGUUCAAAACCUCUGAAGGUUCUCAACCAGGGCUCUUUUACAGCCCUAGAAGUAAGAACGACCAGUGUGUAAGAGAUCUAAACCAACAAACCUGUGUCUACAACCUGCCGGUGAGGAAUGUGAAUCACUCUCAUGAUGGGAUGUACUACUGCGCUGUCAUCUUCUGUGGACAAAUUUUGUUUGGAAACGGAACUGAACUGGAAAUUGAGAGUAAGUGACUUCAAACUCAAAAUAAAAAUCUAUCAUCUAAUUUAUAUUUGCAUCUCUACUUGAGAUUAUAUAAUCAGACAGUAGACUCAGUGUCUCCCGAUGUCUUUUUCAGAGUUCUCUCUUUUCGAGGUGUAUUUCCUGAGUGGAGCUUUAGCAUUCACCACCAUUCUUACUAUUUUACUUGCUUUCAUACUGGUGCUCAAAUGGAAGCAAACCAGCUGCCACUGUAGAGGUAAAUAACACUAUAAGGUUUGAUUAAACAUGCAUCACUAAAAACUUUUAACGAUGGCCUGAUAUGGUUUCUGUUGGUUUUUAGAAACGUCAGCUCGAUCUGCAACAACUGCACAGGUAUUUUCUCCCAAGAUUAUAAUUUUUUAAUAGCCGAAACAAAAACUGUUAAACAACUUUUUAUCAGGAUUAUUGUUGAAAAAUCAUGUUUUUUGGCACAUUUUAAUCUAUCACAUUUUAUAGAUCUCUGUGCUCUGAAAUGCACGACAGUCUUGAGGUCUGUAUUCAAAAUGUAAAGCAGUUCUUACCAUUGUUUGAAUUGGGAAUAAUAUGAAUGUUACAAAAUGUACUUUAUGAUUUAGCCUUUAAGAUUGUUUAUUAGCAGCUACAAGUUGCUGCAGCAGCGGAACCACAGUGUGCUGAAGGGGAUGAAAUUACUUGUCCCCUUGUUAAGACCUUGUUUUUGGUGGGGUUUACGCAGAAAUGUUGAAAGCCCCUUUUCUAACAUGUCUUAGUUUAAGAUAAAAAGGUUUUAGUCAGAGGGACACUGAACUUUAAAUGAAGCUCAUCAGAAUUUAUCAGAAUGACUAUUAUAAAGUCAAAAUGACUGAAAAAUAUGACCUUUCAUUAAGUACAAGUUUUUUUUUAGUUUGACUUUACUCUUUAUGAUUUGAAACCUUUUAAUUCAUUUGACAUUAUCUCAAAAUGCAAAAUUUAAAGAAACUUUCGUCCCAAUUUUUAUUCUCAUGUUUUUCUCUCACAGAUUUCAGUUGAAGGGAUUUUAAUAUAAUCUGUAAUACUGUUGUGAACAAACUGUGAAUUGCCUUUUUCGCUUUGUUUUCCAUGUCCAGGGGAGCAGCAAUGAUGAUGACCUCCAUUACGCUGCUUUAAGUGUUAACAAGCCCAGGAGGUCAGGAAGACAUAGCAACACAACAGAAAGUAUGUGUGUGUACUCCAGUGUAAGGCAAUGA